GUAAUAAAAACAGGACUGGUCAUUGUGAGUCAUUCCACUGGGUGUCUCACAAUGUAGCUAGAGUGACGACCCUGAAUGAAUAAGGGUAGUGAUGCAAGAUAGAUCUAUGAUAAUCAUAGGUUAUCAUUAUAGACAGAUACCAUCAUAAAAACAUUCUAUACCAGCAUACCCACCACGCCUGAAUGGUAGGCCAGUAGACGUGGUGCAGUAGGUGAACAUUUCAACACUGUCAUGUUUACACUUCAUUAGUGUUUACAUAUAUAUUUCACUCAUCCACAUAAAUAGGUUGCAAAUCGAACAUUUGAAAUUAACGACUGGUUUUCAGCUGUGGUUGAAGAGUAGUUACAGCUUUUAUAACGUCCAGCAGAUGGAGUACGUCGACCGUCCAUAAAAAAUGUGUUAAAUAAAGUUUCUUCACACACCGGAAGGUGAAGAACACAGAGAAAAUUAUUUUAGGACAAGGAAUAGAGUCACUGAUGUUACGCUAUUACCAGCCACUCAACAAGCGUACUUAGGGGAGCGCAAUUCUGUCGCCUGGGAAAUGUUCCUGUACAUUAUUGGACUGGUGGCUUUUUGGUUUGUGUUCCGCUGGUACAGGGAACUCGCAAGAGUACCCAAUAAAGGAGAGAAAUAUGUCUACAUCACUGGCUGUGACUCUGGGUUCGGGAACCUUCUGGCCAGACACCUGGACAAGCUGGGCUUCUGUGUGAUCGCAGCCUGCUACACUGAGAAGGGGGAGGAUGAGCUGAAGAAGGUCUCUUCUGAACGAUUGAACACAGUCCACCUGGAUGUCAUCAGCACUGACAGUGUCAACAAAGCAACAGCAUUCAUCAAAACCUUGGUUGGGGAGAAGGGUCUGUGGGCUGUGGUGAACAAUGCUGGAGUCUCUGUACCAUCAGGUCCCUGUGACUGGAUGACCGUCGACGACUACAAGUCCAUGUUGGAUGUUAACCUUAUUGGAGUCAUUGGUGUGACUCUGAGUGUCCUGCCCCUCAUCAAGAAGGCCAGGGGCAGGGUGGUGAAUGUGGCCAGCGUGUUUGGGAGGAUAAGCGCCUUUGGGGGUCCCUACUGUGUGUCAAAAUAUGGAGUGGAGGCUUUCAAUGACAGUCUACGGAUGAACAUGUCAGCGUUUGGAGUUAAAGUCCUGUGUCUUGAACCAGGAUUUUUCAAAACAAGUGUGACUGAUCUAAAUCUCCUGAGAAAGAAUGUAAAGACAUUGUGGGACAAUCUGUCUGAAGAAAUCAAAGAUCAAUAUGGACAUGAUUACCCAGAGAGAGCAAAUGUGACAUUGGAGAAGAAUGUUGCGACGUUGCUGGAUGGGGACCUGAUGAAGGUUGUGAGCUGCAUGGAGCAUGCCAUCUCUGCUCUCCACCCUCGGACACGCUACUCACCUGGCUGGGAUGCCAAGUUCUUAUGGUUGCCAAUGUCCUACCUGCCAACUUGGAUCGCUGACAAAAUGCUCUUAAAAGAUAUGGCCAAACCAACAGGAUCUAUUCUUUAAUGUUAAUGGUUGUCUGACCAAAAGUAAGAACAAGUCUUUAUUUACACCCAGGGGACAGCAAGAAAAAUGCAAUUUAUUUCUGAUGAGAAAAAAGUAUUGCAUUUAAUUCAACCAAUGAAUAAAAAAUAGCCAGAGUUUGGAUUUGCAUAUUGUAUUUGUAUGGUGUUUCACUGGUCUGAUAAUAAAAUUGAAUGGAAAGAG